UCAAAGUUCAAAUCAGGACUCCGAAGAGCAAGAUGUGUGUUUCCGGAACUAAGAACCAGCCUUCCUUGAUCUGUUUGAUCCCCCUUGCCUUGCUGUGUAUGCUGAUGGGUGGGGGUUUAGUUGGGACUUGGGUCGCUUGUUACUACGAAUGCUUAACUGGAAAACUCGUAGAAUUCAACUAUUAUGUGUCUGUCUGGACUGGAGGAGUAGCUUUCUUCAGUGGACUGCUUCAGCUUUUUCUUAGCUGUUGCUGGAACAAACCCCUGAAAUACUUCAUGGUGUUGUUGAAUACCGUCCUAUUACUAUGCUGUUUGGCAUGUGCUGCUCUAAUGGGUUACAAUACAUACGAAGAGGUUGUUUUAUAUGAUGCAUUAGAGGAUACGGGGACGAAAACCACACCAUCUCUGGGAACGAUCUUGACAGGUCUUGAGGCGCUACUUGCUCUGUUCAUUCUUCUCUUCAUUAUUAUUUGGACCUGCGCAAUAGGAUGCUCUGGAUCCGAUGAUUAUCCGGAUGCAAGCCCCGAACGACGUCAGACUCGUGCCCAAACACAACAGCGUGGUUACCGUGGUCCAUACGAUGAGGAAUUUUUCAAUAGGAAUCCUAUAUACCAGGGGCAUCAACAACAAGAACGCCCACAGGAAGUGAUGUACGGUCAGAAUGGGAGUUCCAGCACCAGAGGAAAGGGGACAAAUUACGUCAUCCCGAGGGCAUCGGUCAGAGGUCAAGAACAAGUCGAUGAUUACUAUGGCAACGAACGAGCUAUGGUUGUUGAUGGAAGAGAGGGUUACCAUAGUAAUGACACCCCAAAAGGUUUCUAUACGGGAUCUAGUCGCCAUGGUAACAAAAAUGGCGGCGCUUAUCAGAAUGAAACUGGUACAUUCCGUGUGGAUGACCUAGGUUCACAUCCCGGUGAUAUCACCAAUAAUCGAUAUGGUAACGGUAUUAGUUUGAUGCAGUUGCAUGGAAUCGCACCCACCACCAAUAAUAUAAACCAUGGGUAUUACUAACAUGUAUGUUUUGAAUAAUGGUUUGGCAUCAGUCAUUACUGAAAUAUUCUGACGGCAGUCAAAUAAUUCGUCCGUCUUUGUUGAUAUUAUAUUAAUGAGUAGCCUAAGAUCUAAUUUGACACUUCAAUCGUUUAAGUUGCGUGCAUCCGUGUUCGCUGUAGAAAUUGCCAUGUUUUAUGAGGCUCUAACGAGGUCAAACACGCGAACUGCAUUUAGCUCAAACUGCCCCUUAUUGCCCAAUGGUUAUCCACAAGUAUUUUUGUAAUGUUUGUUUAACUCGAAAGCAAAACUGUUGAAAAUAGAUGUGUUGUUUUUAAUGAUGGAGUGGAGGAGGGUAUAGUUUUUUUGUAUUAGUCCAUUUACACUUUAUAAACAUCAUUACUAGUCAUACUAAUCAUUACCCAUUUUAAAAAAAUACUCAGAAGAUUACCACAACUAUAAUAAAGAAUAAAGAAUGUACAAGCCAUGUUAUGUAUUCGGAAAACCUUUUUAAAACAAACUAAUGAAACAUUUGCAUGUCCUUUGAAAAUGUGACAACAAAAAAGACAAACGUAUUUUUUGUACACAAGAUAACUAGUGCUACAUUUAUAAAAGUAGUAUUAUUACUUCUUUACUUCUGCCACUGGGGAAAUGUAAGAAUUUGUUGUCACUCACACGUGAAACAAAGAAACAACUUACAACGAUAAUAACUUUUGACAGCUGAAAAUGUUGCUCAAACAAAAACACUCUUAAUAUUCAGCGAUCUUUGAGCUGUUCCAAUUCUCUCAAACAAAACAUGAAAUUUAAUUUGAUAUGAUUUCCGUCUGGCUAAAGCUCCUCUUUUGUUGUGUAUUUCUUUAUCUUGUAAAUGUUGCUUGUAUUUUUGUACUUCGAUUUGCUUUGCUUCGUGUGUUGUAUUUUUUUACCAAUCGGCUCUGCUUUGUAAUAAUUUUUGUAAUUUUGUUUUGUAAUGUGUCUUUCAUAAUAUUGUUGUACUGUUGUAUUGUUUGUAAUGAUUCGCUUUUGAUGGGCUGUUGGCUAUAAAGGCAGUGGACGCUUUUGGUAAUUACUCAAAAUAAUUAUCAGCAUAAAACCUUUCUUGAUUACGAGUAAUG